UCCCCAAGGGGGGCUGCCAUCAGACAAGAGCAUCUACCAGGUGGGAUCUUGGCAGCCCUUCCUACUUACGGGGUGAGACGGAGGAGACAUGGCCCAGUCAGAUAGAUCAACAGUGGACUGGACUCCUAUCAAUGCAUCAUUGGUGCCUCACAAAGACGCCCCAGGCACCGACAUCUUUGUUAAUCAAGGGGGAGUCUUCAUUGUCCGCUCCGACCUGGGCUGCUACCUGCGGACAGAGGAUCUAAAGACGAGGACUGGCACUGAGAUCCGGAGACUGCACCCCGCAUGCCAGGGGGGGGAUCACUACCUGCGUGACAGUGAGAACCCCCCGAACAUCUACAUCAUCAAGGGUGACUCCUACCGGGUGGUGAAGGACUUGAGCACAGAUGCCAUGGCCACAGUCCACCAGCUGCAUCCCAACUGCCGUGGUGGGGACCACUACAUGCACUGUGCUUCCGGGUUCCACAUCAUCUACCUAGAGCGGGGUGUUAUGCGCUGUGUCCUUGACAUGAGCACUGAUGCACAAGGGCAUGACACUCCCCUGAAGCCUGAUCGCUGCAAGGGGCUCUACUACUUUGGGUUCAAUUACGUCCAAGGCCUGAUCGAGGUGGAUGAGAAAUGGGGUGCUCAGUACUACUUGUUCCUUGACAUUGUCUCAGCAAAAUAUGUCUUCUCCAUCCACCCCGACGUGCUGAACUUCUUCCCCGGGGGGCUGACCUCAACUGGCGCCUCAACUGGCGGCUGGGAGUGCAUCAAGACCCUGCACAAUGACUCAGAUUCCUCCAUCACCUGGUCCGACAAGGUCACCUGCAAGGUGGGCUAUGCCAAGCAGCAGAUGUCCAGUAUUGAGCACAACUGGAGCAUCUCUGCUGAGGUAUCCGUCGGGGCUGGAGAGCUCACCAAGCUCAUCACCCAGUUCCAGUUCUCCCUCAAGACCCAGUACGGUGGCAGAAGCGUCUGCACAGAGCAAGAGGACUGGAACGAAGCCCGUGAAGAAGAGGAGUCAAUCCAGGUGACCCUGGAGCCCAAAACAAACCUGUACAUCUGGCAGUACCACCUCAGCAUAGGCCACAAGCCUGUCUUGUUCUGCAGGGACGUCCAGUUCACCAAAGAAAACAAACCACCCGAAUACAUCCCGCUGCCUCCAAUCCCCUAAGCAUCCGUGAGGAUGGAGAAUGCCUGCACCAUGAAACUAUUGUUGAUGUGUGUGUGUGAGCAUUGGCUUCCUGGAAAUCAAUGGGACCAAAUCAGUCCCUUCAAAUCCAUGCUUAGCGCUUCCCAGUGCCCUCCUCCCAGAUUGCAAACCCGGCUCAUCUGCUUCCCAUUUCCCUCCUUCUCUCCAAAUCUUGUUGCCAAGGCAGAUGAUUUCAUGACGUUCUCUUGGUCCUCUCUCAUUAUAAUCCACAGCCUGAAUUGUGAUUUGGGGAUCAUUCUGGGGUCGAAUCUGCUGCCGAAAAACAAAGAAUGUACCAAGCCUGAAUAAAGAUUUGAUUUU